AUGGGUGGGCAGAUGGCUGGAAAAAAUGCCAAAAGUGAUGAGGUGGAAGAGCAAGGCUUGGAUGAGACUGAGGAGAAAAGCACUUUGGAUCGAGAUGCCUUUCCAAGUACAAAAGUGGCUAAGACGGCUCCAGCGAGGACUCCGCAGAGACUCAGUCCCAUACCUGAGCAUGAUCCUGGGGAAAGCAAAGCUGAUGUAGGUUCUACUGGAUCAUCUUACUCCUUAUGCUCUGUUGAUGGGUACGGUUCUGACUCCUCAUCCACAGACUCCCCGCAUGAAUCACACGAUUUUGAAGAUGCCUGUGCGGGAAUCAUUCUCAACUGCCUCUUCUGCCAGUUCUAUGAUCUGUGCCUCACACUGCCAGACACAUGCGAGCUUGCCAUCAGUCGCAUCUGCCCUUCCUAUAAAUAUUUGUUCGGCCCGUUAGAACCAGGCAGCAACGGUGACUGGAACUGUCAGUGUGACUUUGACUGUGGCUGUUUUGAUGCCUGCCAAGAAACUGGUGAGUGUCUGGAGCUGGCCAUGGAGAUAUCAGAGAUUUGUUAUCGUUAAUGUGCUAGCAAAGCCAAAAUCGUGCAGUAGAACUAAAGACCACAGGACUGGUU